GCACAUUUGCACGUUGCGAGAAAAUUUUAAAAAUUCGCCCGUAAAUCUCACCCUACCCUAAACCCUUUUUCAAUUUUUCCAUGAACCAGAAUAUCUUGGUUUCAACUGAAAUGAUUCUGACUCGUUUAGAGUUAUUUAAACUUUUCCAGCUUUUAAGCAAUUAUUUUCUGCUGUUUAAUUAGUUACCGUGUUUAAUUUUGGUAUCGUACUUCUUGAAUUUUUAGUUACUGAUUGUUUAUGUGUGUUUUCGUCUCUUGUGUUUUACUACUCUGAAUCUCUAUUCUUGAUUUCAGGGCAAUGCGUUGUUUAAUAGUUGACUGUUUUCACGGAAGGAUGUAGAACUGGAUUUUGGAGGCUAAGUUUUAACGGUUGCCUCUCUCUAUUGACAAUCUUCUUUUUAACAACUAUACACAUCAACAAAUGUCAAGAAAAAUGGAAGGGAGGAGUCGAUUGAAAAGAAAUGAUAAGCCUUCAAUCAGAUACAGGCAUAAUCCACUCAAUGGGGCAUCCUUUGAGCUUUCUGAUUUUGAGCACGCAGAUAAUUCUAUCACUUCAUCGGAAAAUGAUAAGUGUACCCCUAGAAAUUCUGAGAUCAAAUCUUCCACGAUAUUGAGCACAGCCGAGCUAAUUUCUGCUGUGAGUGAUAUAUGGGAUCGUGCAAGUCAGCCACUGUCUAUUAUUGUCCCAAAAACUAGUUCCAGAUACAAAGCUGACGUCUGUCAGGGAGGUGAUGAAACUCACUGUUCCAGGAAUGAAGUAACUCUCUGUACAUCCACUUCUGCUGAUCAAUAUUUUGCUGUCAAUUUGACAAGUAGAACAGAUUCUGCAGCAGUGGUGUCAACAAAUAUUGAAUCUUUAAGUGUGACCCAGAAGAUUUCUUGCUUUCAACCUAAUUUUGAAAGUUAUCUCUCUAGCAUCCUUCAUGGUAGGUCUACCACAACUCACGAGUCUUGCAAAGAGAAACAACUUUCAGGUGUAGGAAUAGCGCAUAAUUUGUGUAGCAUAUAUGGAUGGAUGAGUGAAAUAACUCUUCCAAAACCAUCAGAUCUGAUAAAUUCUGUGAGGAUCAAGUACAGGGGGUCAAGUGACUGUUAUGUUGGCAACUCUUCAAGUAGUCCAGCUAGUGGCUGCAAGUCUACUAACACAAUUGGUACAAAUAGUUUGGUCUUUCUGAAUUCUGAUUGUAAUGUUGAAGCAGUACCACCCGUAGGUUCAUUAUUAAGCGUAGACGCCCAGUUUGACUUGAAUGCAUCUACAUUUUCUUCAUGCUUAGAAAUUGCUACCAGGCCCCAAGAGGUUGAAGCUAAUAAUUGUAAGACUCCUGCUUUGAGAUUUGAUGCAGACUUCCAACAGUCAGGUAUUCAUGCUUGUGAAGAAAGUGAAAAGGAAACCGACUGCCGAUGUGAGCACCUGAACGGUCAAGAGAUAAAUUCUAUCAAAGCGAACUCUUCUGAUGCGGAACUUUGUUUGUGGGCAAAGGAAAAACCUCAUUAUGCACUUGCCAAGCAAGAGCAUGCUUUUGCGGGAGCCAUGGCUGGGAUAUUUGUCAGCCUUUGUCUACAUCCAGUGGACACUGUUAAGACUGUUCUUCAGUCGUGUCACAUAGAUCAGAAACCCCUUCACCACAUAGGCAGAUCUAUUAUUUCCGAAAGAGGUGUAAUGGGACUUUAUCGUGGCAUUUCCAGCAAUAUUGCUUCUUCAGCACCAAUUUCUGCUAUCUACACUUUCACAUAUGAAUCAGUGAAAAGUACUUUGGUUCCCUUUUUCCCCAAGGAAUAUCAGUCUUUGACCCACUGCAUAGCUGGGGGUUGUGCAAGUAUUGCUACAUCAUUCAUUUUCACUCCAAGUGAGCGAAUAAAGCAGCAGAUGCAAGUUGGUUCACACUACCGGCACUGUUGGAAUGCCAUGAUAGAGAUUAUUCAGAAAGGUGGUUUGUCUUCAUUGUAUGCUGGAUGGAGAGCUGUACUCUGCAGAAACAUUCCACACUCUGUGAUCAAGAUUUUCGGCUUCCACCAGAAAUUCUCAUUUCUAGUUUGUCGGAUGUACUUAUUUCAAUCUCAGUUCUAUACAUAUGAAAGAUUGAAGCAAUUGAUGUUGGCAUCAGAUCAAUCAAAUGUUCAACCUAAUACAUUAGUCACGCUAGUUUGUGGAGGACUGGCUGCAUCUACAGCUGCAUUAUUUACGACUCCGUUUGAUGUUGUCAAAACAAGAUAUCAAACUCAGAUUCCAGGAUCUGUCAACAAAUAUGAUGGUGUAUACAACACGCUUAAAGAAAUAGCAAAGCGUGAAGGCUUGAAAAGUCUCUACAGGUGAGGAUUUAAAAAACAUUUUUGCAGACUUUUUAACUGAAGACAUACUUAUUGGUCGUCUGAUAACUAAUAUUGUUAGAUUGAUUUCAAGUUUUUCUGGGGUUCUACUGGCAAAGCUGAUAGAUAAGUAAUCUAUAAUUAAAAUUAUAGCUCCAGAAGAAAGAGCUUGACCAAUGAAUCUAUCGUCAACAGUAUCAACUGAGGUUUCCAAGAUAACUUGA